AUGUCGUAUUAUUUCCCUCCGCCAUCAUUUCCACAUCACGCAAAACAACAUCGCCCGACCACCUCCGCCUCCGCAUGCAAACCCGACCCCGACGAUGUGCCCUUCGUCGACAUCACGAGGACACAGUCCCUCAAUGACCACCACGAUCCCUCAGGAUCUGCAACACCGAGGUACAGCAACGAGAGCAGUCGCUCGACAGAGUACAUGUCCAAGGAGGACCUCGAGGCAUCUGCUGUAGAUGCUACAAACGCCCUCGACGACAGCGCUGCCCUCGUACCCGAGAACCUUGUCCCCCACGGCGGCGGCGAUACCUCCGCAGAGAUAGCGCCCUGGAUCAACGCCGUAGAGCUACCCCCAGGAGUGACCUCCAACCCCAACCCCCAACCUUCCUCUUCCCCCACACCCCCAGCCAACCCCUCCACCCUCAACCUCUCCAACUCCUCCCGCAUAUUCCAAAAAGCCUCCUUCUCCUCCUUCCGCCAGCCCUCCGCCCGCACCGUACCCAGCAUCCGCGGUGGCGGCGGCGGUGCAGACAGCGCCUCCAUCGCCGACUCGACCACCACAUGGGCCACCGACACCUCCACCCUCAUCAGCGGCGGCCUCGGCAACAGCAGCCUCCUCUCCGUCAACACCCAGAGCACCGCCGGCCCCUCGCACUACCCAGACGGCCCCCGCGGCAAGUCCAAGUCCUCCUCGUUCUUCGGCAAGCUCAAGAAGUCAAAGUCGAGAUCGAAGCUGAACGCGGGUGUCACCGCGGAGAGCGACGUGUUCCUUCCGGGAAUGGGAGCGGCGGGCGCUGCGGGGCUGCAGGGGCACCAUGGGGCGCCUGGGAGCGCGUCGACGCUUACGAUUGGGCCGGCGGACGCGAGCGUGUAUUUUAAUGCCGAGCGCCAUAUUCUCCAGGCGCCGUUGCCACCGCUGCCCAGGGAGGAUCUGCAGGAUUUGCGCGAUCUCAAGGAGAAGGCAAAGGAGUUGGCGAGGGAGAAGGAGAGGGAGCAGGAAAGGGAAAGGGAGCGAGAAAGGGAGAGCGGGAGGGACAGGGAUGGGUCUGCCACUGGAGGUGUGGGCGGUGGGGGGGCGGGCGUCGCAGGGGCGUCGAACAAGCUGAGGUCGGUGAGGAAGAAGGACAAGCCGCCGAAGGAGCGGGACAAGGAGAGGGACAGAGAGAGGUCGGGCGCUUCCCCUACACCCAGCAGCACAGGGACGUACGACGUCAUCGGCGGCGGCGACCGCUCUCCACCACCCAAGACAGCGGCAGCGUUAACGUCAGCAGCAGCGGGAUCGGGAACGGGUGUGGGAGCGACAGGCACGCUCACGCAGACGACGUCCGGGCACGGCGUCACGAUUGACACGGACUUUGGGUCCAUGGACGGCAUCGUGCAUCCGUAUGCGAUGCAGCUCCAGAACGCGGCGUCGACCAAGGGAAAAGCGCGCUCGCACAACCAGUCGAUUUCGACGCACUCGCACCGCUCGCGCAGCACGAGCGAGUCGUUCGACGGGUGCGACGACUUUGUAUUCGGCGCUGCUGGGGACGAGAUUCCGCUUGCGCUCGCGCUUUCCUCAGGCCCGAGUGCGGGCUCAGGCGCAGGUCCGGGCGCCGCGCGCUCGGCGUCAGCUUUAAGCGGAGCCGGGGGGAUACCGAUGGGCUCGGCGGGGGAGGGCAGCAGCGGCGCGUCGUCCUCGCCCAACCUCCACUCGCACACGCACACGCACUCGCUCUCGCAGCACAGCCUGCCCCUGCCCUCGCCGCCGCUCGCGCUCUUCGCCACGCCGAACAGACACGCGCCGUCGCUCCCGCCCCGCGCGCCGUACACCGAGACCUUCGACCUCCGCCGCGUCUCCCCGCGCACGGUUCUCGGCUCUGUCCCGCGCGGCGGCGGCGGGGGGCGCACGCGCGUGUCGAUGGACGACAGCGAGAUCGGGCUCGGCUCCGGCGCCGCAGGAGCCGGAGGGUUCGCGAUGGGCGGGCUCAGCGGCGCGGACAGCUCGUGGCUGCCGCCGGACAGCUGGGGCGUCGGUCCGGCGGAGUGGGGGGCGGCGGAGGACGGCGAGAUGGGCGGGUCGGAGGACGACUAUGAUUAUGCGAGCGCGAGCGCGACGGACGAGGGGUUUGUGAGUGUGAAUCCGCAGAGGCGGAGUAUUGAUGGGUCGCCGUUGUCGUAUGGCGGGAGCGGUGCGGGUGCGGGUGGGGUCGGGGGUGUGGGAGAUUUGGCGGCGAGGAGGAGGUCGAGGAGGAAGACGAGGAGGUCGAUUGUGUUUAAUCCGGCGGCGUAUGCUGCUGCUGCUGCUGCUGCUGCCGCGGGCGGCGCUGGUGCUGGUGCUGGUGCUGGUGCUGGUGCUGAUGAUGGCGAUCCUGGUGUUGGAGAUGAGGGGCUUAGGAUUUCGCUUCCCGAGUCGAUCUCGGGUGUUGAAACUGGACCCGGAAUCGCCGGGUCGCCACCGCUCUCUAGCGACCUACAACAGCUCGCGCGGCGCGGGUCGGGCGCUGGGACAGCGGCUGGGUCGAGCACGCACCUUGGUGUUGCCGCAGAGGCAGGAACGGAAGCAGGAGUAGGUGCAGGAGGUAGCCAUGCUGGGGUUGGAGGCAGAGGCGGGAAGGAGGACAACGCGCAGGAGAAGGUGCGGAUCUACAAGAGCGACGGGACGUACCUCGUCAUGAACGUGUCCAUGGGCCAUUCGUGCGCGCAGUUCAUCGCGAAGCUCGAGAAGAGGUAUGGCGAGCAGCAUUUGCCACAUAGACUGUAUCUGAAGGAGCGGGGCAAGGAGCGGAUCUUGAUGCCGUCGGAGAAGCCGGGGUCGAUUAUUCGGAGAAGGCUCGACCAGGCGGGGUAUGACAAGUCAGACACGCCUGGGUGGACCGAGGACAUGUCGUUCCUGAUGAAGUUUGUGUACAAGAGCCAGCUCAUCGAUGAGAGGCGGGGCGAGGAGCUCAGCUUCGAAGAGUCGUUCGAGAAGGUCGACCUGACCGGGCUGGGCCUGGACGUGAUCCCGAUCGUGCUGCACCAGAACGCGUCGUCGAUCGUGAUCUUGAAUAUGUCGCGCAACCCGAUGGUCGACAUCCCGCUCGACUUUAUCCAGUCCUGCACGACGCUGCGCGAGCUGCGGCUCACACACAUGGCGCUCAAGAAGGUGCCGCAGUCGAUUCGCUACUCGGCGUCGCUGCAGCGCAUCAACCUGAACUGCAAUAGAAUCGCGGACCUCGACGAGGCGGGCCUCGACCGCAUCCCGGAGCUCGCGCAGGUGAACCUGCAGAACAACAGGAUCGAGCAGCUGCCGUGGUACUUCCCGCGCCUGCGCGCGCUCAAGUACCUCGACAUCUCGAACAACAAGUUCGCGCGGUUCCCGCAGGUGUUGUGCGACAUGCCGUGGCUCGUCGAUCUCGACGUCUCGUUCAACAUGCUCACGGAGCUGCCCGACGAGCUCGGGAGUCUCGCGGGGCUGCAGCGGCUCGUGAUCGUCGGGAACCAGGUGCAGCGCAUACCCGCUGGCUGCGCGGGGCUGGUCAGUCUAAGGGUGUUUGAUUGCAGGCGGAACAGCAUUUUGGAUAUUUCGCCGGUGCAUGCGCUGCCGAUGCUGGAGGAGCUGCAUGCGGACCACAACCACAUGCACGCAUUCGAUAUCAGUCUCGGGCCGAGCCUGAAGAAGCUCCAGGCGAGCUGGAACGAUAUCACGAAUGUGAAGCUCAGCGUCGUCGCCGUCGGUUUCGGCGGCAGCGUGGGCGUGGGCGUGCAGCAGGCGGAGUACGCGCUCGAGGAGCUCGACCUCUCGCACGCGAAGCUGUCCUCGCUCGACGACUUUGCGCUCGCGCAGCUGCGCAGCCUGCGGCGGCUCGACCUGUCGCACAACUCGUUCCGCGUGCUGCCGGACGCGCUCGGCGAGCUCGAGCGCCUCACGGAGCUCGUCGUCGCGGACAACCAGCUCGAUGCGCUGCCCGCGACGAUCGGGCAGCUGCAGCGGCUCCGUAAGCUGGAUGUGCACAAUAACUCGCUCAAGGAGCUGCCGGCGGCGCUGUGGAACUGUAAGAGUCUGGAGGAGCUGAAUGUGACGAGUAAUUUGGUGACGGGGUGGGCGGAUCCGCCUGGGUCGGCGCUUGCUUCACCGCCCAUGACCACGACGGUAACGCAGCCUCCUGGCGGGGCCUUGCUCGACGUGCCGCCUAGUCCGCCGGCAAGGACGGCUGCGAACGGGUACCCUGUCAGCGGGAGUCUGGCUAUUCCUGCGGCGGCGACGGGGCGCAAGGGGUCGAACGCGGGGUCGUUCGUACUCGUGGGGACGCCGCCGAACUCGGCUGGGAUGCCUGGAAGCAUGGCAAACACUCCCUCCGCCUCGACACCGGCCACGACCCCAGGCACGGGUGCCUCAGCGCCAAGCUCCGCACGGCCGCUCCCGCCGCUCGCGCUCUCCCUCAAGAAGCUGUAUCUCGGCGAGAACCGGCUGACGGAGAACGCGCUGCCCGCGCUCGUGGGCCUGCGCGAGCUGCGUGUGCUGAAUCUGUCGUUCAACGACAUCCAGGACAUGCCCGCGUCGUUUCUGCGCAACAUGAUGCAGCUCGAGGAGCUGUAUCUGAGCGGGAACGAGCUGACGGGCAUUCCGACGGAGGACCUGGCGCGGCUGACAAGGCUGAGCGUGCUGUAUCUGAAUGGGAACAGGUUCCAGACGCUGCCGCAGGAGCUGGGGAAGGUGCAGAAUCUGACGGUGAUGGAUGCGGGGAGCAAUCAGUUGAGGUAUAAUAUUAAUAAUUGGGAUUUUGAUUGGAAUUGGAAUUUCAACAAGACCCUCAAGUACCUCAACUUGUCCGGCAAUAAGCGUCUUGAGAUCAAGCCUGAUACCUCGAGCAGUGCGAGACCUGUCCGCUCCGAAGUUGAGGCGCAGCAGCGGCGCGUUCUCUCUGACUUUUCCGAGCUUGAGCAGCUGCGCAUUCUUGGUCUUAUGGACGUCACCACAGCCUUCCUGCCGAACAUUCCCGAAGAAGGCGAGGACCGGCGCGUGCGCACGUCCCUGUCCGAAGUCAACAGGAUGUCGUACGGUAUCGCGGACAUGCUCGGCAAGAACGGCUAUCUGAACAUGUUCGACCUCGUGCAGCCCGAGUUCCGCGGGCAGAAGUCCGAGGCCGUCUUCGCCAUGUUUGGGCGCACGCACGCACCGCGGGAGAAUAACUCGGUCAGCAAGUGGCUGCACGACCGGUUUCUGCCGACGUUCUCGACGCAGCUGGCCGAGGUCGAGGACGCGCGCGCGGCCGGGCGCGAUCGGGGAGGGGUGGUGGAUGCGCUCAGGAGGGCGUUUCUCAGGCUCAACAAGGAUCUGUACGACGAGCUGUAUGGGAUGCGUGCGGGGAGGAAGAUGUCGACGGCGAGCACGGGCACUGGGGCUGCUGCGCAGGGUGCGUCCGCGGGCGGUCAGCCGGGGGCGGGCGGGGGAAGCUUGGUCCCCGGUGGGGCCCCUAGCGGCGUCGACGCUUCGUACGCACGCGCGGGCGCAUCGGGCAUUGUGCUGUAUAUUGUCGACCGCGUGCUGUACGUCGCCAAUGUUGGCAGCGCGCUCGCUGUGCUUUCUCGCCAGGGCUCGGCCGAGCUCAUCUCGCGCAAGCACGACCCGUUCGAUCGCGGGGAGACCGCGCGCAUUCGGGCCGCCGAGGGGUGGAUCUCGCCAAAGGGGAUGGUGCACGAUGUGAUCGGGGCGUCGCGUUCGUUUGGGUUUUACCACGAGUUCCCUGUCGUCAAUGCGCGCCCGGACGUUGUCCGUCGGGAGAUCACCGAGAGCGAUGAGUUCGUGAUCGUCGCGAACUCGGGGCUGUGGGAUUACAUUUCGUACCAAACCGCGGUCGACAUCGCGCGCGGCGAGGAGCCGAUGAUCGCCGCGCAGAAGUUGCGUGACUUUGCGAUCAGCUACGGUGCGGACGGGAGCACGAUGAUAAUGGUCAUUCGCAUCGCGGACUUGUUCGUCACCCGUUUGCCCACGGACGUGCUCUACGCGACUGGAUACAGCUCAGGGUUGAAGAAGCGGGCUGGGAAGAAGCCGGACAUUGCGGAUCGCACGAUUGCGAGGCUCGAUGGCGAGGUCGAGGCGCCGACGGGACAUCUUGCUCUGGUGUUCACGGACAUUCGCAAUUCAACGCAACUUUGGGAUACGAACCCCGGCAUGCCGACCGCGAUGAAGCUGCACAAUACGCUCUUGCGCCGACAUUUGCGCCUCUGUGGUGGAUACGUCGUCAAGACCGAGGGCGACGCGUUCAUGUGUUCAUUCCCGACAACGCUUGCUGCCGUUUGGUGGUGUCUCACGAUCCAGCUUCUCCUGCUUCAGGAGCCAUGGCCACACGAGAUUCUCGACUGUGAAGAGGGCAAGGAGCUGUACGAUGCGGAAGGCAAGCUCGUCGCGCGUGGGCUGUCAGUGCGCAUGGGUCUGCACUGCGGUAUGCCCGUGUGCGAGCCAGAUCCGAUCACGGACCGCAUGGACUACUUUGGCCCUAUGACAAUCCGCGCGGCGCGUAUCAGCGGGCAUGCCGCCGGUGGUCAGAUCAUGUGCUCCGCCGACGUCGUCCGUGAGAUCAAGGCGCGGGUCACCGUGGACGGGACCGAGACGGAGUACAGCGAGUUCCAGCCGAAGGAGGCCGUCGACGCGAUCCAGCGGAUGGGUAUCGAGAUCAUUCCAGUAGGAGAGAUCAAGCUCAAGGGGCUUGAGAUACCAGAGCAGGUGUCCUUCCUGUACCCUCGUGAUCUCCUUGGACGAGUCGAUAUGGCUGCGUGUGCCCCGCUUCCACAGCCAAUGAAGUUGGCCGUAGAGUGCGAAGAGACAGGGUUUUCCGCCGAAGCCUGCCUUGGGCAUGUUCGCCUGCUAGCCUCAAUUUGCUUGCGCUUGGAGGCACUUUGUGCGGGCCACGUUCUUCCCCGUCCAGCGGAUAAAGACGGUCUGGCAGGCGAGCCGAGCCUGCUUGUGCCGCACCUCAGUGACCAAUCGACCGAGGAAGAGCUCUUCUCGCAUCUCAGCUCGCUCUCGGUUCGUGCGGCAAACGCCGUUACAACCCUUGGACUCCGCCCACUUGCAGAUCAGACCGAGACAAUCCUCAGCGGCCUUGAGCACAACUGCACUCUAGAUCCACGUCUCCUACGCAUGCUUUCCUCUUUGCUUCUCCCACAAUGA